AUGACACAGAAAUUCUCCGGGAUAUCUAGUGUGGACAAGCUUUCAGCCAGAGGCCGGGACGCCCUCGACGCAAUACGGGAGGCUGCCGAGCGCAUCGCGGCAGAGCACUACACCAGCACAGCAUCGAACCGUUCGACAUCACCGUGCGCAUCCUCGCCGUGCUCCGCUGGGGACGAGGUCCAGGAGGACCUCACCGUGCUGCGACGGCACGAGAGGCCCUCGACCGCCUCCAUGAUCUACCCUAAGGUCAGGCUGAGCUCCACCGGCAACAUUGAGAUCUUCUCCGACAAGAAGGUGGGACUGGAGAAGAGGGAUCCGAAGAGGCAGACGUCCAACAAGGAAGAUGCGUUCAAGUUGCGGCGGAACCCUCCCAAGCUAGCGAUAGACUCCAUCAUUCAGAACUCCUUGAGUCCGGAAGGUUUCGCACGGAUAGACUCAGACUUGAAGCUCGGCCGGUCAAGCUUCUGCAUCAAGGGGCAAGAUGACUCGUCGACUCCUGUUCCCGUCAAAGUGUACAACUGGAUCAACUCAGAACUUGACUACUUGGAUCAGAGACACUCUGAGAGCAGGCGUCCGUCAGACACGACAGAUACCAAGUCGAGCUCAAAGAACAAGGGGAAGACGAAGUUUGUGAAGCGGCGAGGAAACAGCUCUCCGCUGAUACAGUGGAUUGAGUCGAGAAAGACGAGGCCGGACCCCGAGGCUUCAACCCCAUCGUCGGCAAGGCACGCGCAGAGCUGCAAGAGAAUCAAAGGCUCCCCUUUGGAAGAAGCAGCAAAGAGGAGCCCAAACACUGGCAACGACGGAUCUCUCAGCGCAAGGUGCAUUGGUGGGGGUCAGGCUGCGGAUAGGUCCCCUAGAUUCUCCCUGUCUUUACAGCUGCUGGACGCCCAGGCGACAAGAAACCUCAAGACGCUUCUCAGCAUGCGGUUGUCGUCGACGCAGAACGGAAGGCACCUGAGCCUCAGGUCUCAGCACACGGGCGAUCAGCAGGGCAGGAGAGAUGGGUCCAUCACCGCUAGACGAAGCGGGAGCGAGGGAGGGGUUGGCGCAACGAUGGUAGACCUCCCCCAGUGCUUCAGUCACUGGUGCAGUGAGGCAACCAAGGGUCCUAGACAGUUCACAGCCUUCCUACACAAAGCUCCUCUUGCUCCUCUCCUUCGGAGUGACCUUGGGUGA